AAGCAUUGGACGAUCCAGGCCCCUCGUGUUUCCCCCCAAUGGCCCUUUAUCCGCUUCCCGCACUUUACACCGUCACCCAUGCCUCAUAACCCAUCCCACCUUGGCCACCUUCCUCGCCGCUCGCCGCCUCCAAGACAUCUCUUGCAUGUACUGUGUACUCAUCUCUCUCUCUUUCUCUUUCUCUUCCUCUACAACCACCACCACCCACUUGAGCAUCCUCUCCUACUCACCACCUCUCAUCUCCCACCCCCAACAUGGCACGCUCCAAGCCGACCACACGACGCGGCAAGCGCAAAUCCACCACUGGCCACACUGAUCCCCCGGCGUCGACACCUGGGUCUUCCAGAGUCACCGCCGAGCAUUCCAGGCCUGCUGAUAUGUCUCCUCAAAGUGCCGCUGAUUCCCCACUACCUACACGGCCUUCUAAGGCUGCUCGACUUUCCAAAGCGGCCACCAUUUCUCGAACCUCUCCUGCACUUUCAAGUGCCACCGCCGCCCCUCUUCAAUCCGCUAUCUCGGGCGGCCAAGAGACGUCUGCCGUGCUUGAGUAUCUCAAGGCGCGAGGGUUCAAUUCAACACUGGCAGCGCUCACGGCUGAGCUCGCCGAUGUAGAGAAGAGGGAGCGAAGCGCCGCCCCGCUCUCCGUCACAGCUUUGCUUUGGGGCAACCAGGACAUUGUCGCCGAAAUUGUGUCCUUCCUUGGCAUGUCAGAUCUGCGUAGUUGCCUCUCCAUCUCCAAGGCAUUCUAUAGCGCCGCGACUCCUCUCUUGUACAGGCGUCUCCGCGUGCAGCACCUCAACUGCCACUGUCGCCCGCCACCCGACCGCGAUAUGGAACUCGUCGCGCGCUACACCACCGCCGUGGAGCUCUUUCCACAUCAGCACGUGCAGCACUAUCUCAAGCCACUGAAGAUUCCUCGCCUGCAGACACUCGUAAUCAACUACAACCCCGAUCCCCGGGCUGAGAUGACGGGCCUUGGCUCCUCGCUACACAUGUGCAGGUUCUGCCCCGACUCUCAUCCAACCGCACCACGCCUUGUGGUUCGCCCCAUCGCCGGUCUCUUCAAAGGCAGAAAGCCCGCCACGACUAUCAUCGUACCCACUGCUACUUUUCCCGACACCACGUGCACGAUUGCGCCUGAGACAGUCAUUCAUAUCGCCCGCAUGACUUGCCAGACCAAGUACACCCGGUCGUUUUGGAUGACGCCUCGGAGUCCUGUUGCCAACCCGACGCGCUCCAUCACCUUUGUCCUCCUGCCCAUGAUGUGGGACCACGGACCUGUGGGCCACCGCCGCCCCCCGUGGGGCGAGGCUCAGUCUGUCGGCAACCUCGGAAGCUCGCUCAUUGACUCGCUCGUACAGUACGCCCUGCAGUUCGGCGACCACAGGAUCAACAUCGUGGGACUCGAGGAUGCCAACCCCUUUGCAAAGAAAGAGCACUGGGACGUGCGCGCGCAGCGGCGCGAAAUCUUCGAGCAGGCGCUCAAGACGAAGCUUGACUGUCUUCUGAACAACGGCUUCCGGUUCACAAAGUGGUCCAAUUCGGAGCGCGAGUGGCGCCGUGAGAGUCUCAGGCUCACGACAUUUGCCGACUAUCUUCGCUCUGGGGAGUGGGGAGAAGAGAUGGACUGGCAGCUCGUCGGGAGGUGGCUUAACACAUGCGAGCUGCGGGAGAAGGGCUUACUCGGCACACUCAAGCGCAAGUCUCAACCACGCAAGAGUGUCCCCCGCAAGCGGAAGGCCGCCAGUCGCGAUAACGGCGCGACGAUCGAUACCAGCGAUGUCGACGAUGAGGACUACACUGAUUCGUAGGAAAAUGAGAUGUCCCCUUGACCUAUACCAGCACCAAAGUUCCCCUCCCCUUCGGCGCGACUCCUCCUUAUUCUGUUUUCUACUUCACCUCUAACUGUGUGCGCGUGAAGAUAUAACCACGCGCUUUUCUUUAUCCUUCAGCUGCAAGCUUGUUGUAGAUAUCAUGUUGUUACAUGACGACCGCGACUUGUGACCC